AUGACGAUCCUGGGGGUUCACAACAAGCGACAAGACUGGCCCAGCGCCUUGGCCACCAUCCGGGACAUGAGGAGCCGAGGCGUUUCCGUUGACAGCCUCGCGUUGAACGUCACACUCUCCACAGGGGUUGCUGCAGACAAGGUGGACGAAGUCUUGGACCUUCUGACUGAGGCAGAGCAGAUGAAGCCAUCGGUUGCAGAUGUCGUGUCCUACAACACCCUCAUCAAGGCGUUUACGCAACGGGCCAACUACGACGCAGCUUGCGAGGUGAUGCAGAGAAUGAAGGCCCGUCGGAUUUCUCCCAACGCGAUCAGCUUCAACACGAUCAUGGAUGCCGCCGUGCGUGCGGGGCGGCCCGAAGAAGCUUGGAGCCGACAGCAGGAAAUGCGACAGCAUGGCUACAAGCCGGACAAGUUCACAUGCUCGAUCCUG